AUGCGGCAGUCGCACUCGAGGCACUACGCCACUGGCAGCCUGUCCGGCGCGAUGCCUGCCGGCGCAGGCUAUCCUGCCCAAAGCAUGACCUCACCGCCAAUGCCCAACCCACAUUCUUCCAUCGAAGGCCACACAGCAGCCAACGGUUCGCCGCCGUAUCGCUCGCCCAUCACGUCGCCUCCGCUCGCCGCUUCCCCGGUAAGCGGCAACGGCAGCGGCAGCACCAGCUUCAACCCAGCAGGCGACAUGGUACAGAGUAGCAAGACGAAGCGAUCGCGCGCGUCGGCCUUGACACGCGAGACGGGCCUGUCCGUCGCAACCAUUUCGUCGCGCAAGCGCGAGAAGCUCCUACCCAACCGCUGGGCCGGUGCAUGGAUGAUCGCCAUCUUUGUCGAGAGCGCCAUCUGCAUCGUCAUGGCUGCACUCGCGUUCGGCUACAUCCAGGCACGCACGGACCACAAGGUGCAGGACCUCAAGACGAUGAGCGUCUACCUGGUGCUUCUCGUCGUCGGCAUGUUCUUCCAGUUUCUCAUCGCACUCGACGCUGUGCGACUAAAGAACACACUACAGGUGAUCGGUGUACUCGUCUUCAAUAUUGCCCUUUGCGUCGCAGCGGCGCUUGAGAUACCGCAAGUCCGUGACGCGCUGGACGCGCAAGACCGAUUCGGCGACGGUGUAAAGUGCCGAGCGGCCGACAGCUUUGCGGGUUGUCGUGCAUUGGCCACGCUCGAGCCCAAGGUCCGCUCGUUCCUCAUAGUUGUUCCGGCCGUCAUCGGGAUCGCCGAGUUUGUCCUUGCGAGCAUCGCGUUCCGCCUGUGGCAGGAGUUUGCGUGGAGCAUAUACACCAACAUUGGCGCGGACCGCACGCUGCGUAACCGCUACCUUGUCUAUCAGCUCUACGUCGUCUUUCUCAAGUUAUGCUUCAUCUUUGGCAUCUUCUUCACGGUCGCGUACCUCAUCCUAAUCGCAGACGAGCGCGAUUGGGCAUACGGCGUCACCAUCGCGGCCAUCCCGAUCGCUGUCCUGGUCUUGGUUCUCUCCGCCUUUGCCGCGCGAAAAGAAGAGCCUUUUCUCAUGGGCAGCAGCCUGAUCAUGCUCGUCACGGGUCUCACGUACUUUGUCUGGAAGCUGAGCCGGAUCUACAUGCCGGACUCUGAGCAGGACUACCGCUACGUCCGCUUGAGCCUGACGUUCAUGUCGUGCUUCGCGAUCGGCACGCUCUUAUGUACGAUCGUCAUCGGCAUCUUCGUUUUUGCGAAUUUCGGCAAGGGCCUGCGCGUCGCGCACGAGUCGAUUGGCAUGUUCAAUUUUGUGCGCACCACACGCCACGUCUCGGCGCACGCGCACGCCAAAUCGCAGAGCCGUGCUUCGUUGGCCGGCGGGUCGCCGGACGAGAUGGCUAGCGUGAUGGUAGAGAACGUCGCUGGUAGCAACAUACGCCGACAGAGCGCCAGCAUCCUCUCUCCGCCAAUGGCGGCAUCCAGACUGAGCCUCGACUGA